AUGGAGGUGGAAAAAACCAACGAUAACGAGACCACUCAUUUGGAGAUUUCCCCAAAGGCUACUCUCCAAGAACCUACAUUUGAAGGUCUGACUCAAGAGGAGUGUAGGAAACUUGAAAAGCGACUUGUGUGGAAAGUUGACCUGCACCUCAUUUCAUCGCUAUGCCUGCUUUUUAUAUUCAAUAUUCUUGAUCGCUCAAACAUCGCCAAUGCGCGGCUUGGCGGCAUGGAAAAUGAUCUUGGCCUCAGCGACCCCCAAUACCAAACCGCCGUGGCUAUUAUGUUCGUGGGAUACCUUCUUGGCCAGAUCCCUAGCAAUAUCAUCCUCACUCGCGUGAAACCGUCUCGGUAUAUUCCCGCCGCUAUCUUCAUAUGGGGUGGAAUCUCGAUGGCCGCUGCGGGUACGAAGAAUUUUGCUCAUAUCAUGGUGGUUCGGGUUCUACUGGGAUUUGCCGAGUCUCCCUUUUUCUCAGGUGCACUUCUGUUGGUCAGCUCCUGGUAUAAGCCUCAGGAGAUUGCCCCUCGCGUGGCAGUGCUUUACUGUGGUAACACAAUCGCCAACGGAUUUGGCGGUCUUAUUGCUGCGGGUGUCUUGGAUGGAAUGGACGGAGCCGGUGGAUUAGCAGGAUGGAGGUGGCUAUUUAUCAUCGAGGGUGCCGGUACCAUGGUUGCCGGAAUUUUUGCAGUCCUGUUGCUUCCUGAUUUCCCUGAGUCUGGUCAACGCAAGUGGCUCUCGGAACAAGAACAGCGCUUUGCACAGUGGCGAUUAGCUCAAGCUGCGAACGAUGAAGUCGAUGAGAAUGGAUCAAUUAAGCAAGCUCUUGUUGAUGCCUUCACCGAUCCAAAAGCCUGGAUUCUAGUCGCAAUCCAGGUCUGUCAACUCACAUCGCAGACAUGGACAUACUUCUUCCCAUCUAUUGUCAAGACACUUGGAUUCAGUACCACGGUAACCCUUCUCAUUACCGUCCCCGUAUAUGUUUUCGGAUUCUUUACCUCCCUCGGAAACUCCUUCAUCGCUCAGUACACAGACCAGCGUGCCAUUUUGAUCAUGUGGCCUCUGCUCGUCGACAUCAUCGGCAACGUCCUUGUUGUUAGCACAACUUCGACAGCACCACGCUAUGUGGGCAUGUUCCUGAUGUGUGCAGGCUCAUACUCGGCGUUCAACGUUGUCCAAGCCUGGAUUGCCAGUACUAUUCCCCGAACCAGAACAAAACGUGCUAUUGUCUACGCUUUGGUCAACUUGUUCGGCAAUUCGUCUAACAUUUACGGAUCCUACUUUUUUCCUGCCUCCGACGCCCCCCAGUAUCGCAUGGGAGGGAUUAUUCUGUCCUCGUUUGCCGCUGGCGGUAUCAUAUUGGCGGCUGCACUGGGUCUCUGGCUGCGAGAUAUCAACAAGAAGACCUUACAGGACGAGGACGAGGAUGGUCAGAUCAGAUACAAGUAUCUCUGGUAA